CUUCACAAGCCUUCCUUUCUUGUCUAUGUGCUUCUACUUCAAAUAAGCUUCCCAUGACUCUCCUCUCCUUCAAACUCAUCACAACUCUCUCUCCUAGACUCCGACGAGGACAAUCGAAAGCGGCGGUUUGGAAGCAUGGAAAGCUUGAUUAAACAGAUAAGGGUGAGAUUUUUAGGACAGGAUAGCCAAGAGGAUCCCAGCAGAAGAAGGGUACCACCACAGAAGUCCCAGUCCUUCAAACCAGAGAAGAAGAGAGCACAGAACUGGUUCGUGAGGCAAUUCUCAAGCAGAAUGAGCCGUGACAGCAGCAUUAGCGAUGGUGAGUUCGAAACAAUAGUUGCAGCUACUGCUUUUGCCAUCACCACGCUUGAAGAAACCGACUCCUUGAACAAGAAAAGGUCGUCGGAUAUCUCUAUAAGCAAGAUGAAGAGCAGAAAAGAUGAUACCCUGGCCGGGCCUUCAAAGGCUAGUAGUAUCCCCACAAGGUCUACUGAUACAGAAGUUGCAACGAAGAAACCGGAAUUGUUUGACGGCAAGUCACUAGAAAAAUCUGCAACAGGCAAUCAGAAGUUGCAGGAAAAGGCGACGGGCACUGUCCCGAGCAUAAAGAAAACUACCACUUUUUCUUUGGAUAACAAAGGUGAACCAGAGAGUAGUAAGGAUAAGACAGGGAGACCAACAUCCAACGAUGGCAAGGGGAACGAGUACUCGAGUGCAAACGGCAAGACAGAAACCCAAGCAGAUGCAUGGGAGAAAAGUCAGAUGGCUAAGAUAAAGAAGCGAUUCCAAAAGCAAUGGUCGACAAUUCAGUCAUGGGAGGAUGAGAAGAAGAGCAAGGCAAAGCGCCGGUUGGAUAGAAAAGAGAGCGUGCUGGACCUACGAAGAGCAAGGGCCACACAAGCAUACCAGUUAGAAAUACAGAGGAUUAAUAAAAUUGCCGAAGGUGCAAGAUCCAUUGCUGAGGAAAGUAAAAGAAAUGACGAGUCUAAGACGAGGGAGAAGGCGAGGAAGUAUAAAUCGACAGGGCAGCUUCCCGUCACUUGCUUCUGCUUCCAGUAAGACAUAAACAUUGUCAUCUAAAUCACCAAAAUCCUUAAGGUUUCGUUGUGAACUGCACGAUCUCGAUCAUGGGUCAUUUGCAAUCCAGAUCAUUACUUCUACCAACCUCAACUGUUGAUUAGGUUGUAAUGCAAAUUUAUCUUUAUGGUAUUGAGAUUUACACUUUGAUUUAGGUUGUAAGAACAUGGGUUAUCUUAUAAUAAAAUUCAUCUUUUAAG